UCAAUACAUAGGCUAACUGUCGUCUCUUUGUACGUUACUACGUUACUCAAGAGUAGACUGACUAGUGUGUGCUAUUUUGAGCCGUCCUCUAUUCCUAUAUCUUUCGGAACUGUUGUUGACAUUCAGUAAUGAAGGGAACUUGUCAAAAGCUCCAUGGGUAAACAUUUUGGAGUGAUUAUUACAAGCGCAUUUACCCAAACUUCUAGGUCCUCGCCAAAGACUGUCCACCCGGGAUGUUCGACCUAACGAAGGAAUGGAAUCUGUCGUUUGCCGGCUGCGGGUUCCUGGGGAUCUAUCACAUCGGAGUGGCCAGCUGCCUGUUGGAACAAGCGCCCUACCUCAUCAAAGGUGCCACCAAGAUUUACGGGGCUUCGGCCGGUGCCCUAACCGCCUCGGUGCUCGCCAGCCAGGCAUCCAUAGCUAAGUGCUGUGAGGAUGUGAUCGAGACAGCCAAGGAGGCUCGGAAGUGUAACCUGGGUCCCCUCCACCCCUCCUUCAACCUGGUCAAGGUCAUCAGGUCGGGCCUGGAGCGCGACCUGCCCGCCGACGCUCACACACUCGCCUCCGGGAGGCUGUGUGUGUCACUUACUCGCGUGUCUGAUGGACAAAACGUCAUCGUGUCUGAGUUCAAGUCCAAGGAGGAGCUCAUCCAGGCGCUGCUGUGCAGCUGUUUCAUCCCCAUAUACUGUGGCCUGAUCCCCCCAUCCUUCCAAGGAGUGCGUUACGUGGAUGGGGGGAUCAGUGACAACCUUCCUCAGUCGGAGCUGAAGAACACCAUCAGCAUUUCUCCGUUCUCGGGCGAGAGCGACAUCAGUCCCCGGGACACCUCCUUCAACUUCCACGAGCUGCGAUUCACCAACACCUCCAUCCAGAUUAACCUGGGCAAUAUGUACCGCCUCAGCAAUGCCCUGUUCCCCCCAGAACCCAAGGUCAUGGCAGAGAUAUGUCAGAGUGGCUACAAGGACGCCCUUCGCUUUCUUGAGGAGAACCAUCUGCUGAAGCUGGAGUGUCCGACUGUCGGCCCCAACCCAUCAGAAGCCAUUCACACCUGCUGCUGCAAGCCCAUCGCCACGGAAACCACUAAGGACUGGAUGCUCCGGCGGCUCCGCCUCCUGAGGAAGCGGCACUGGUGGCUGGACGAGCAGAUUGUUGACAACCUGCCUAUCCAAAUCAAAAAAGUGUUCUGUGAGGCGUGCCAGCAGAAGCCUGGUCUGUAUACUCAGGUAUCCGAGAUGCUGCCGGUCAGAGUGGCCUCCUACAUGCUCCUGCCCUGCACACUACCUGUGGUGUCAGCCUACUCAGUGGGCAAGAGGUUUGUGGAGUGGAUCCCAGAGGUGCCUGCAGACAUGCGUUGGCUAGCUGGGGUGGCUGGGGAUGUGGCUGGGAGCGUGUACAGACAGGCCUGGAGAGGAGCACCAGCAGACGUAACCAGUGAUGGUUCCCUGAGGAAUUGCCUGAGUUUGCCUCCACCCCUGGAUAGUGACAGACACAGGGAGAGAAACGGUCACCUCGCCGGGUUCGCUCUCUCUGCUCUCGACCUCCAAAGCCAAUACUGGAACAUCCCGACCCCACCCUCUUCCCACUGCCCCACCAGCCCCCUCAUGCCCAGCCCCUCCCCACGACAGAUCUGCUUCUUUGUUGGCUCGCAGGACGAGACUGACUGACAGUCCCACACACCAAUGAGAGGACACUGUGACUUUGUAUUAAAAGAUGAUAGGACAGUCCAGCUCAAGAUACCUCCCACAGGACCUGUCUAUAGGCUAUAGGAACUGUGAAGGGUGGUUUGGGAUGGACAAAUGAUGGUCAUGUGAUUGAAUAGCUUUGGGAUCCAGAACUGUUGCUAUAGACACACUAAUGACUCAAUCAUGUAUUUUAAUCACUCCACCAAUCAUAUUUUAUUAUAUUGUACACAUUGGAAAACAAUGUACCAGCUCACCACCAAAGACCUCUGCAAGUGAAUUCCUUUUUGAAAUUAUACAUUUUAUAACUACAACUCUAACUACCUACCUACCUUCUUACUUACCUACCUACAGUACCUACCUACCAGAAGAAGCUGGUGGCAGGAGCUAUAGGAUGGCCGGCUCAUUGUAAUGGCUGAAAUAUAAUAAAUGGAAUGGUAUCAAACAUAUGGAAACCACAUGUUUGAC